GUGUCCCCACACUGGGCUUCAUGUGGGGCAUCAGCGACCGGUGCUCCGUGGGGCAGAGCAUCUUCAGUACCCCUCGCCUGGGGGUGGAAUGGGACAGGGUCUGGUGUCCCCAUCCCAUGGGGUGGCACUGGGACAGGGAUGGGGGGCCCUCAAGGUUCAGUGUCCCCAUCCCUGUGGGUUUCGGUUCCCCAUCCCAUGGGGUGGGACAGGGACAGGGCUCCCCAGGGCCUGCAGUCCCCAUUCCUUUGGGGUUUCUGUGUCCCCAUCCCUUUCACUUUUUUGUCUCUCCAUCCCCAGGGGGCACAGGGGGACAUGGGGACGGGGACUCCCCACACUUUGGGGUCAGGUGUGCCAAGAGGGGACGCGGGGACAGGCAAUGCCACCCACUGUGUGCAGGAUGUGGGGCUGUAGGAUCGGUGCUGUCCCUCACUGCCAUCAUCCCGACGUCUCCCAUAUGGCACAGGGGGGCUCCCAGGGCCGCCGCGCAGUGGGGCAGGCUGUGGGGCCGGCUGCUGCGUUCAUCCCCCCAUGGCGCUGCAGAAUGGGGCCGUCGGGGUCCCUCCAUCCAUUGCUGUUAUGGGGCAAAAAGAGGCAGAAAAGGGUUAACAGGGAAGCGCAGCAGCUCCUCCCUUGUAGGGCGGGUGUCACCUGGGGAGGGAGGGGAGCGGGUGGGUGCCACCCGACAGAGCUCACCCACACCUGAGCGCCGGGAUCCAGAGGAGCCCUCAGCCCACAUCUACCUCAACCUGCAGGAGCUGCAGCAGGAGGCCGCCGCGUGCAGCUCAGCCCUGCAGCCCCACAGCGCCGACUGGGAGACCCACCGCGACUCGGAGUCGGGACAUUUGUUUUAUUACAACCCCAGCACCGGGGAGACGACGUGGGAUCGGCCCUUCGAUGGCGAUGCCGUGAGUCCCGGCGCGUCCCCCCCCAUGUGGGGACACCAGGAGGAGCCAAGCGGGCCGGCACUCUCCUAUGAUUCGGUGACAGGCGAGGGGCCGUGGGACCCACAGAGCGUGGGAGAUGGCGCCUGGGAUGAGGAGAUGGGAAUGGCGCCAUACAGCCCCAUGGAGCACAGGCCGCCCACCCCCGAGGCCGAUUACCCUGAGCUGUCCCCAGACGAGCUGGAGCCCUGCCCCGAGGAGGACGGCUCGCCCCCGGGCUCCUACCGGUGGGGGGCGGCUCCCUGCCCACCCCCCCGGUGGCACCAGGAGCUGGCGGUGUCCCCACGGUGGGACGGAGCCCCUGGGGAGCGGGAGGCACACGGCACCGAGACGGUCCUGGCAGGUGGCCUCCACCAGCGGGCCAGCAGCAGCUCCAGCCAGGACAGCGGGUUGCUCACAUGGCCAGGUGGCAGCCCAGCAUCACCAGGGCUCCGCGAGGAGAAGCUCAAAAGCCUCGACAAGGCUGGGGUGCUCAACAGGACCAAGACGAUGGACAGAGGGAAGCGGAUACGGAAAAACUGGAGCUCCUCCUGGACGGUGCUGGAGGGCGGAAUCCUGACCUUCUUCAAGGACUCCAAGCACUCGGCUGCGGGAGCCCUGCGGCACCCCACCACCCUGACCACCCCUGAGCACACGGUGGAGCUGCGUGGAGCCGCCAUCGCCUGGGCCAGCAAGGAGAAAUCCAGCAAGAAGCACGUGCUGGAGCUGAGGACGCGGGAAGGCUCCGAGUUCCUCAUCCAGCACGACUCGGAGCAGAUCGUCACCACGUGGCACCGGGCCAUCGCCGACAGCAUCGUGCUGAUGGGCUCCGAUGUCCCCACCGAGGAGGACGCCGAGAGCGGGACGGAGUUCGGCUCGCGGGAGAAGCUGGGCGCACCCAGCCCAGGCGACAGCGAUUCCAGCAAAGUGCGCAACAAACUGCGCAAAUUCCUCCAGCGGCGGCCGACGCUGCAGUCCCUGCGUGAGCGUGGGUACAUCAAAGAUCAGGUUUUUGGGUGCUCGCUGCAAGCGUUGUGUGAGCGGGAGCACGGCACGGUGCCACGGUUUGUCCAGCAGUGCAUCCAGAGCGUGGAGAGGAGAGGGCUGGACAUCGACGGGCUCUACCGGGUCAGCGGCAACCUGGCCACCAUCCAGAAGCUGCGCUACAAAGUGGAUCACGAGGAACACCUGGACCUGGACGACGGGCGCUGGGAGGACGUCCACGUCAUCACCGGUGCCCUCAAGCUGUUCUUCCGCGAGCUGCCGGAGCCGCUCGUCCCCUUUGGGCACUUUGACAAGUUCAUCGCCGCCAUCAAGAUGCAGGACCCGGUGCUGAAGGGACGCUGCAUCCGUGACCUCGUGCGCUCGCUGCCGCCCGCCAACCACGACACCAUGGAGGUCCUCUUUGGGCACCUCUGCAGGGUGAUCGAGUUCAAGGAGGAGAACCGCAUGUCGGUGCAGAGCGUCGCCAUCGUCUUCGGCCCAACGCUGCUGCGGGCGCCGAGCGAGGAGGGCAGCAUGGCUGUGCACAUGGUGUUCCAGAACCAGGUGGUGGAGCUCAUCCUCAACCAGUAUGGACACAUCUUCCCUGAUGGGUAGCGUGUGACAUGGGGACAACACAGGGACACCGCGAGGACACCGUGGGGACACUGCGGGACAGCAUGGAGGAAGCAUAGGGACAUCGUGAGGACAGCAUGGGGACAUUGCAGGGACAUCGUGGAAACACCAUGGGGACACCAUGGGGACAUGAUGGGGACAUGAUGGAGACACCACGGAGACAUCAUGAGGACAUGAUGGGGACAUGAUGGGGACACCGUGGGGACACCGUGGGGACAUGAUGGAAACACCACGAGGACACCAUGGGGACACAAUGAGGACAUGAUGGGGACACCACAAGAACAUCAUGAGGACACCAUGGGGACAUGAUGAAGAUGCCAUGAAGACACCAUGCGGACAUCAUGAGGACACCAUGUGACACCAUGGGGGACGCCAUGGGGACACCAUGGGGACUCAGGGACAUCAGACUGUGGGUGACAGCACCUGAAGGUGGCACGAGGGAUGGGGACACCGCUGGGGACGGUGACAUGGACCCUGUAGGGAGGGGACAGCCAGGACGGGGUGUGGAGAUGCGUGGCCAGGAGCGGUGCUCCUCAAUAAAGAGAUUG